AUGGAAGACUGUAGUAUUCCAAUAUCAUGGGAUAAAUCGUCAACCCUCCAUUCAACCCUCUCUGCCAGAUCGUCGACCCUCUCUGUCAAUUCUCGUCCCAGAUCAUCGACCCUCUCCGUCAAAUCUCGUCGUAGCGCGCCGACCUCCUCCGCUAUAAAUCCAGUCAAAUGGGCAUACAAAUCAUCAUUGUGCCCCGGAGACACACGGGGGAGAUGUCUGGACGGAGGUGAUGCCAAUGGCGGCAGCGAUGGCCCCGGCAGUGGUGAUGCCACUCGCGGAGGUGAUGCCCUUGAUGGAGGUGAUGCCAAUGGCGGGGAUGAUACUCUCGAUGGAGAUGAUGCCAAUGGUGGCGGCGAUGCCCUCGGCAGAGGUCGGCAAAUGCCACCCUCAUUGGGGCAAAUGCCUACAUUGCCAGGGCAGCAAGUACAUCCACAGUCAAUGCAGCAUGUACCUAUGCAGCCAGUGCAACAAGCGUCUUAUCAGGGUAUGCAUCAAAUGCCACACGGCCCGCAAGGACAAAUUUAUAUGGGUGCACAAAUGAGACAUCCACAUGGUUACCCACUGACUCCACAACAGACCCAGUACACCUAUCAACAGAAUAUGCAUCCCCAAGGGCCACCAGCUUCCUCACAACAAUCUCAACAUUUAAUGCAGGGGCAACAGAAUCCCCGUCAACAAGAGCAUAAAGUGGGAUUCCCUCCGAGAUAUGAUCUUGAAAUUCAUCAAGUGAAGCAAACUGCGUUUUCUCCAGCCCACAUUCAGCAAACUGGGACACCAUCUGCACAAAACUUAUCUGCUGGGGCAAAUUCCAUUCAUGCACCACAGAUUCGUGUUCAGCCUAGUCAAAAUACGCAGUAUGGUCCCUCUGCUGUCAAUACGCAGCCGAGUGGAGCAGAUUUGGCCCCCCAAUCUGGUGGUUCUAGGUUUCAAAAUGUGAUGGGCUCUGGGAUUAUUCAUGGGCAGCAGCAGAAUCUGCCCCCCACCAGAUCAGAGACACGGUACGAAGAAAACCCUCUUGGAAGAACUGGAAAUGAAUAUUAUAACACCAGUAAAGAUGGCCAUGCUAUACCUCAGCAUCCCAAGCUAGCAGCACUACCCACGCCAAGAAAUCAGCAGGAAACGAGGAUGCAUGAUUUCCCCCCUCAAAAUGUUGCUAUAAAUCUUCCAGGUCAAUCUAAUAGCCGAGUAGGGCCUCCAUUGCAUUGGAACUACAGUCAUGCAACUGUCAACCCACCAUUUCCGGGCAAUUCUCUUGUGUGGCCUCCUGUAAAGAUGGGCCCUUCAGAUGCUAUUCCUCUCUCAGCAGCUGAGGUUUACUGUCAACAGCAUGAAGUAACAGCCACGGGCGACAAUGUUCCUGCUCCUUUCAUGACAUUUGAAGCCACUGGUUUUCCGCCAGAGAUACUACAUGAGAUACAUUUUGCUGGUUUCUCUGCUCCCACUCCGAUUCAGGCACAGACAUGGCCUAUCGCUCUACUAAAUAGGGACAUAGUUGCGAUUGCCAAGACUGGUUCUGGCAAAACAUUGGGAUAUCUGAUCCCUGCAUUCAUUCAUCUAAGGCGACGGCAAAAUAAUCCUCUCAAUGGUCCCACUGUGUUGGUUUUGGCUCCAACUCGGGAGCUUGCUACCCAAAUCCAGGAUGAAGCAAUGAAGUUUGGCCGAUCAUCUAGAGUCUCUUGCACGUGCUUGUAUGGUGGUGCUCCAAAAGGCCCUCAGUUAAAGGAACUGGAUCGAGGAGUGGAUGUUGUGGUGGCAACUCCUGGUCGGCUCAAUGACAUCCUUGAAAUGAAGAGAAUUGAUUUUAGGCAGGUUUCUCUUCUUGUGCUUGAUGAGGCUGAUAGAAUGCUUGACAUGGGAUUUGAACCUCAGAUCCGCAAAAUUGUCAAUGAAAUACCACCAAGAAGGCAAACUCUCAUGUACACAUGGUGCAGUCGUGCAAAUCCGAUAGUAAAGUCCGAUGCCAUCUUCGGCAGUCCCUUGACAAGUCCGGUCAACCUCCGUAGGUAUCACUUGGUUUCACUUGUGUUAAUCUUAAGAGAUGAUUCAAUAAACACAUAA